AUGGACAUAAAAGCCGUGAGGCAGGUGUCCUCGGUGGGUUGUCGGCUCCCGGACCGGUCCAGAGCGGCCACCAGGUCCGCAGGAAGCAGCAUGGCGGCGGCCGACAGCGCGUGCAACAACCGUGGAGUUGCGGACAGCGCGAAUGCAGUCCAGCAGGACAUGCUGUGGACAGAAGUUGUGUGCAAGGAAAGGAGAGCAGUGCGGGAAUGGGAGAAAAAGUGGGACUUUCUCUGGAAAUGUGACUUCAUGGGACGGCCGAGGGAAGAGGAGCCUUUACCCAGUACCACCGAUGUGAAGUUUUUCUCUGAGAAGUACACUACCAACCAAAUAUUCAGCAGCAGACUGUCCACUCCACUGGGGAGGGAGCUGGCCAGACUGGAAAGGUCCCUUCUUUGGCCUGGAAGCUUUCAACACAAACACAAGACCUCUCUGCACACCAGAACACUAACUGACUGAUAUGGUCAGUCUAUGUGGGCUGGAUUAUUAAAGACAUUAAAAAAAUGGAAAUUAGGGAAAAGAAUGUUAUUGUCCUACAUCUAUGUCACAUUUUAAUUAUAAUGUUUUGUUUAAACAGAUAUUUGAUGGUCUAAGAAGGUACCUGAGCUUAGUGAAAGGUUUGAUCACCUACUACAAAGAUGCCAAAACAA